AUGCCAAAGUUCAAAAUCCCGGACCACCAAGUUGCCGGUCACCAAGCCAAAGCCGGAAUCCUCGGCCCUCUAAUAGACGAUUCUGGAAAAUUCUACAAACCUCUCCAAGACGACGGAAGAGGCUCCCACGAACUUGCUUUCUACACCUCCCUCUAUUCCGAUCCACGCAUCCCCUCCAACAUUCUCAACCUCUUCCCUAAUUUCCACGGCACUCAAGUCGUCGAAGCCUCCGAUGGCUCCGGUCUUCACCCCCACCUCGUCAUGGAAGAUAUCGCCGGAAAUUUCACCAACCCCGCCGUGGUAGACUUCAAGAUCGGUUCUCGAACAUGGCAUCCACAAUCCUCCGAAGAUUACAUUAGCAAAUGCCUUAAGAAAGAUCGGGAAUCCUCAUCUAUCAAAUUAGGCUUUAGAAUCUCUGGUUUGAGAUCUGUGUCUCCGAGUAAUCAAUUAUGGCAGCCUCAGAGAAAGUUUCUUAUGGAUCUAUCUGCUGAGGAUGUGAUAUUGAUGAUGAGGAAAUUUGUUUCGUCUGACGGUAAUGCUGAUGAGCCUGAUUGUGUUUUUGGUUCUAGGGUUUAUGUUCAUGUUUUGGAGGAAUUGUUGGUGCUUAAGAAAUGGUUUGAAGUUCAAACUAUUUUUCAUUUUUAUUCUUGUUCUGUUCUUGUGGUUUAUGAGAAAGAUGAAAAAGAUGAGAAGAAAAGUGCGCGAGCUGUUGUUAAGCUUGUUGAUUUUGCUCAUGUGGUUGAUGCUAAAGGUGCUAUUGAUCAUAAUUUCUUAGGGGGUCUGUGUUCUUUGAUUAAGUUUGUUAAAGAUGUUUUGGCUGGUUUAGGUGAUGAUGAAAUCUCAAACCCUAAGCCUUAA